UCUUGUACUAACAGUUUGAUUGAAACCCAAAUCAAACCACGCCACUUUUUAUUUUAUUUUCUCUUUCUCUCAAAUUCACUUGAGGAAUACAAAGACAUAAGACGAUUGAGUGAGGAAGCAUAUUGACCAAGAUGCAAGGCCACACUGAAACUAACUCUAUCAUGGCACCACUCUCUCAAAUCCCACCUUCUUCUUCUUCUCUUCACCUUUCAACCGAUGCUGAAACGGGUAACACAACCACCCCCAGAAAGCGUGUUAAGAAAAUGGACUACACCAAUUGCGAGAGCCUCAACGUGGAACGUGAAAGAAGGUCGAAGAUGACUCAAAUGUUCACUCAGCUUCAAACCACUGUCCCUGGUGUCUUACCUCAGGCUACAAGGGAAGUGAUUAUAAACGAGACAAUUAAGUACAUUAAGGAGCUUGAGAAGAAGAAGCAAAAGCUGGAGGAGUUGAAGGAGUCAAUGAAAGGAGUAGAAGGGUCGAUAUUGCUUGCAUGUGGUAACAACAUGAAUUGCUCCGUCACGGUUACUGUCUCUGCUAAUGUUGCAUUCUUUGGUAUUCAAUCCCUGCCUCGACCCGGUUUGGUUACGGUAAUCAUGAAGGUGUUCUGCAAGCACCGAGCUGAGGUUUUGGCCGCAAAUGUCUCACUUAAUAAUGGGAAAUUCAUAUUGGCAAUCACUGCGACGGUGCAAAAUGUUGUCGUUGAAAAUAUCAAAAGAGAAAUAAUGAGUUUGUAGGUUCAAACUCUUGCUUUUAAUUUUACUAUUUUAAACGGAGGACAUUAACUGCACGGUGUUUGAUUUUGGUACCAUGUGUGUGUUUUGUUUACACACACACGGGGAGCUAAACCAAUAUAUUAUAGAGAGCAGAGAUUAUGUGGGAGAAGAAUUAGCAGGAGACAUUGAUUAUUCUGUUAACUCAAAAUGUGUGCUAGUGAUGAACAUCACGAGCAAAAUAAUCAGAUUAUAUGGUUGACAGUA